CUUUUCCUCCUUUGACUCGCGUGUGUUUGUGUUUUUUUUUGUGUUUUGAAAUUUUGAUUUUUCGUGUUUCAAUUUUGAAUUUUUUUUCGUAAAAUUUCAUCGAUUUUCACCGGCCAAAACCCGAAAAAAACAUGGAAGAAGAAACUGCUGCUGCUGCUGCUCAAGUACCGAAAAAAAGGACAUUCAAAAAAUAUUCAUAUCGUGGUGUGGAUCUUGAACAAUUAUUGGAUAAAUCCAAUAAAGAUUUAAUGGAAUUAUUCCCGGCACGUGCUAGACGUAAAUUAUCACGUGGAAUGAAACGUAAACCGAUGGCAUUAUUGGCUAAAUUACAAAAAGCUAAAAAAGAAGCUGCAGCAAUGGAAAAACCUGAAGUGGUUAAAACACAUUUACGUGAUAUGAUCAUUUUACCCGAAAUGGUUGGAUCAGUUGUUGGUGUUUAUAAUGGAAAAGUAUUCAACCAGGUUGAAAUUAAACCCGAAAUGAUUGGACAUUAUUUGGGUGAAUUUUCUGUCACCUAUAAACCAGUUAAACAUGGUCGUCCUGGUAUCGGUGCUACACAUUCAUCACGUUUUAUACCAUUAAAAUAGAUUUUUUUUGUUUUUUGACCAACCAAUGAUGUAAAUCAGAUUUUCGUUGUUUUUUCUCUUUGAAAAAUGAAUAAAUAAAAGAAAUUCUGAUUCACACAAAGAAUUCAUUUCAUU